ACGGGUCAGGACUCGACGUGGUUCUAUCACGUGGGGCAUUUCUUGUAAACUCGUAUUCGAGUACGAUCACAGUGGCAUUGUGUGAUCUAUGAAUUAAAAUCGUGCCGAGACAACGUGAUCUCGGCUUCUGCGUGCCGUCACGUUUCUCAUCUGUCUCGCUCGAUCGAUGACCCGUCCGACAAGACCGAUGGCGAAGACAGACUGACACGAAGCAUCUUGUCUUUUCCUUUUAAAAAUGUAAAUGAUCGAUCAUAGUGAAUAUGUUGGACAAUGUGAUGGUAUUGUGUACGGAAGACAAUUUGCCGACGGUGCCUGACUUCCUGCAACAAUCGUUAAGAAGACUUACACACGUGUUUACGCUGCGGUAAAUGCGAAAUACAGUUAGUCUGGAAAUUCAUUUAGAUCUGAUUCACUGUACGAGACAAAAGAGAAAGUGGAGAGAAGAAAAUCAAAUAAAAUAAAAUUAGAAACGAAGUUUCGUGUUUGGAGGAAUAAUUUGCGGAGAGUCGGGUUCAUAAAUCUGAUCGCGAUACUCGUGGUCGCCGGGUGACCGAGUAAUUAACUUAGUAACGUUCGCGGACUCAAUUUCGUUGACUGAUUAAUAUCGAUACGCAGGGAUUUAAUUACGAGGACCGCACGAAUCCCGGGUGGAUGCCUCUGCUGUGCGAAUGUCCUUCCGUGUACGCGCCCCUCGAGUAGCGACGCGAGUAACGAGCCGUGAGAUAGGGGCAAACCGACGAGUUCAUUCGGAGCUAGUGGUGCAGUAAACUAGACUCGUGUCCGGAGCGUUACUUGCGGUUCAGUGCGACCCGUUUCGAAGUCGACCAAUUCUCGCGAAACUGGCAAUUCGAACUUUGAAUUUUGAACGAACUCGUGAUCGUCGUUCUGCACUUUUGCUGCUUUCUCUUCGCAAUAACAUUGCGUAUUCGAUACGAGAAAUAUCCAGAAGCUCGACGUAGUUCCACCCACGUUACGAUUCGAGGACAAGACAGUCUAUCGAAGUCUAUCGGACGUGGAUGGUUUUGUGCAAGCACGGUACGAUUUCUCAGGGACGUUAGAAGGAGUCAAACGCGUCCCUUCAGUCUCAUACUUGACGUGCUUCGCUACAGAUCACACUGCCGCCUUUUCCACGAUUUUUACGCACAGUGCGUAAUACUACUGCCGAAUUUCAAUUUCCUCGAAUUCACGAUUGAAUUUAUACAUCAAGCUGGACGAUCGAAGAUCUAACGUCAAUAGCGUGUACACAUACAUCGAUCUUGAACUUAGACCGUAAUUCGACAAACUCGAAGCGAUACUCGCGUCUCUCGGAAGUGCGUACAAGUUUCGAAUCUUGCGGAGAUUUUAUUACUCAGCCCGACGUCGCAUUAAUAUUUAACAUGGUUCACGUUUUACGGUGAAUACAUCGAAGGACACAAAGUUUCACCUAACGCUUCUAACUGCCAUCGAAAUCCGACCGCACACAUUUUCUAACGAAUUUUCUCAAGAAGAAUCUGCCAACUCUGCGACGCAGCUAUCCCAGCCUGAUAUCCAACGAACUUAGUACCAGUUAGAAAGUUGCUGGAAACUUCUUGGCUAACAAUCGCGCGAGAAACCAUCACAACGUUCGAACACCUCUCGUUCAGUUACUAUCUUACAAGUGGAUUAAUUGAGACUCCCUUGGAAGGUGAUCUCGCCACCGUAAUUGGAACGAGUACUCGAAGGGAAGGUUACAAGAUCAAUUGGUUCGUCGAGUCGUUGGAAGAAAGACUCGGGGAAGAAAAGACUCUCGGGGAUAGCAGAGGGAAGCUUUGGUUCGUAGUGUGUUGUACGUCGAUUAAAUGGUCGACGACGAAAUCAUUGAUCACAGUUGAAAUCUCCGAUCGAGUGACAAAAGUGGUGAUCGUCGAGGGUGUAGCGAGGAGUCGAGGAGGACAGAAAGGCGUCGAGAGGAUGUCGACGACGGCGGCGCAAUGCAGCAGUGGCGGCAACAUCGGCAACAAGAAGGAGAACACCGACUGCACCGGUCGCGGCAGCAGCAACAGCAGCUGCAAUUAGUGCCGGUUCACGACGAUCGUGAGACUAGGUAACCGCUGAAAAGGCGGCGAGCGCGGGGGCGGCUAGGUCGGUCGGGGUGUUGGUUCGACGGUGUGUGUGCCAAGAGUGCGCGAAAAGGAGACAAAAUGUGGUGGUGGAGGUGCCGGUGGAGUGUCGCGACUACGACCACGGUGUUCGUGUUGGGGAUUGCCACGGUGUGCUCGCAGCUAGAGAUAUCUGAUCUGGAUAAGCCAAUUCCAAUGAUCACUAUCAGUGGGGUUGUGGGAAAGAAAGUGCACCUUCCUUGUGAUAUUCGUUCCAACGACAACGACGAAGUCAGCAUGGUACUCUGGUACAAAGAGGGUGCUAGUGAGCCAAUCUACAGCUUCGACGUCCGUGGUCGUCGACAGUUGAACAAUGCUCGCCUGUGGUCGUCGCCGACGGCGCUAGGACCAAGAGCUUUUUUUAUCACAGCAUCGAAUCCUGCUAACCUCAGCAUCGAUCGGUUGGAGACGAAAGACGAAGGGAUCUAUUGGUGUCGAGUGGACUUCAAGAAUUCGCCAACGAGAAAGCAGAAGAUGAAUCUGACUGUUAUAAUGCCUCCGUCGAAGCCGGUGAUACUGGACGGGACGACGAGGGACAUCUCGAGGUUAGAGGAACCAUACAACGAGGGGAGUGACGUGAACCUGAUUUGCGAGGUACGAGGUGGCAAGCCGCCCCCGAAGCUGACGUGGUACCUCGACAACACCGUGAUAGACGAGUCCUAUCACUACAACGCCGACUCUGGCCUGACGGUUAACCGCUUGUCCUAUCCUAAAGUUGGAAGGCAACAUCUCAAGGCUCGCCUGAUAUGCGAGGCCAGCAACACUAACCUUGUACUGCCGCAAACCAGGCUGGUCGUUCUCGAUGUGAAUCUAAAGCCACUGGUCGUGCAGAUUUUGACGAAGGAGCCUCGAGUUUCCGCUGACAAGAACUACGAUGUGGAGUGCAGGACAAGUGGUUCUAGACCAGAAGCAGUAAUUACUUGGUGGAAGGCGGAAAAGCAGAUUAAGAAAAUGGCGCAAAAUUAUCCGUUGGAAAAUAACGAGAGCCUCAGUGUCCUGAGUUUCGUGCCAAGCAUCGACGACGAUGGCAAAUACUUAACUUGUCGAGCGGAGAAUCCCGUUAUUUCUGGCAGCGCUUUGGAGGACAAGUGGAGACUGGACGUGCAGUAUCAGCCGGUAGUCACUCUGAAAAUGGGCAAGACCUUGAAUCCCGAUGAUAUCAAAGAGGGCGACGAUGUCUACUUCGAGUGCUCAGUCAGGGCUAAUCCGAAAGUGUACAAGCUUGCCUGGUUCAAAGAUGGCAAAGAGCUAAAGAACAAUGCCACGGCAGGUAUCGUCCUCAGUGAUCAUUCUCUGGUACUUCAGCGUAUAACCCGAUACUCGGCAGGUGAUUAUACUUGUCUUGUUGCCAAUAGCGAAGGGAAAACUGCCAGUAAUCCGGUGACUCUUCAAAUAAUGUACACGCCAGUUUGCAAGGAGGGCAGAAGCGAAGUGGUGGUGGGCGCGCUGAAGCAAGAAACUGUAUCGUUGGUUUGUUCCGUGGAGAGUCACCCAGCACCGUUGAUUUUCCACUGGACAUUCAAUAAUUCCGGAGAAUUGGUGGAGGUUCCUCAUUCUCGUUACUCUCACGUGGCAGCGGUCGGGACGCCGUCCGUUGCCGAAAACCUAAAGGAGUAUCCACAAUUUCAUGGGUCCAGGCUGAACUACACGCCCGCAACGGAAAUGGACUAUGGUACGGUAGCGUGCUGGGCGAGCAACCAGGUUGGCAAGCAACGGACGCCAUGCCUCUUUCAGGUGAUAGCCGCAGGACGUCCGUACGCUCUGCACAACUGCAGCACGACAGAAAUGUCCGCGCCUUUAGACGCGGAGGAACUGAACGCCAAGUCCGGAACCGGACUGAUAGUUCGCUGCUUGGAGGGUUACGACGGCGGUCUUCCGAUCUAUAGCUAUCAAUUGGAAGUGGUCGCGGAUGAAGACGGCGGGCCAAUUCUGUUGAACAAAACUAUGCCCGCCAGUCCGAACGGACCAACUUUCGAGGUGGCAGGCCUAACGACAGGAAGGAGUUAUCGACUUUUUCUGUACGCGAUUAAUGCAAAGGGGAGGAGCGAACCUGCCAUUCUCGAGCCAGUGACCCUGAAGGGUGUCGCCAUGUACACGACCGGGAACACGGGCGCAUCAAUGUUGAACCCGCUUCUGGUGGGCCUGGCAGCAAUAGCGACCUUUUUGAUCCUGGCUGCAGCUGUAAUCCUGACGGCGCUCUACCGGAAGCACUCGAACGGUCGGCCCGGAAGUCCAAAGCACGCUCCCAUCGUGUGCGAGCCACCUAAUGCAGGUGCAACUACUCCGGUACACCCCCAGACCAAGCAGGCGGUCGAUGACAUCGAUCCGGACAUCAUACCCAACGAGUAUGAGAGAAGACCUCUAACGUAUACUCCGAUAUAUAAGACACCGCCUCAACGAAGAAAGAAAGAUCGAGUUAUGGACGAGGCGAUCUCACCAGAGAAAAGGCCGAUCGUGCAACACAGUUUAGAUCUACCACCGGAUCCGAUGUUGACCGACUGUCUGCCAACGCCGACCAUAAAUUAUCCCCAAAACCAUGUAUCCCAAGCGAAUACUUACAGUAAUCCACCCACUAUGGCGGACUUCAAGCAGAUGGCAAUGGACGCUUACAACCAGCGAAACAACCAAAAUGUAUACUACAGUCUCCAGAGGUCAGGCAAAGGGUUAUCGUCGAUGCCGCAGAGGCCAGUUUCCUCGUCGGUUUCCGCGCAGGGGAAGUUCCAUCAACCGGAAGUGGUGACGCGCUCGAAUCGAAUACAAGAGAGUUGUAUAUAAAGCUCGCGAUGAAAGUCUCACCGUGUCUAGACACUUGAGCGACUCUGCACGGCGUUCGUACGAAAAGCUAGUUACAAAGUGCGCGAACAUCGUUUCCGAGCCUGUGAAACGGAGUCGAAAUUCUCGCGAGCCGAGUCGCACGUUGCGUCUUUCUACGAUCGACGUGCGAAAUUCCAAGCAUCUUCGCGAAACACUGCGAACAAUUCGCUGUACAAAAGAAAAAACGAGGAAAACGAGAGGAAAAGAGAGAAAGAAGUAAAAAAUAAAAGAGGGAGAAACCGACGGAAAAAUUCCGUGUUUCUGACGAGAACGGGGACCUGCAGCCGGAUGGGUCGACGAUUUUAGUCGCGUACACCAUCAGAUUGGACAAGUGGAUGUCCAGUUGCAGGUUUAAUGAAACGUUGAUGAUCAGACAGGAACUCGAUGCUUGACGAAGUGUAUCGAAUCGUUUGAAUUGUACGUUCUUUUUCUACCUGCAGAUUUUUAUAAUAGAGUACGGCCACGUUACACGAAUAAAACGGAAAUAGAAAAGCAGAGAAAACGGAAACAGAGCUCGAUAAGAGCAAAGUCCAAUUUGACGAGGCAGCGUCCUUGAAUUAUCGAAUAUACAGUUUGUAACGCGAAAUGGAUAUCUCGAACGAUCUUCGUUCUUGUUCACGUUGCGUACAUGAACCUUGGAAUCGUACAUUGUACUGUUUAUAUGAGAUUAGUUUUUGUACAAAGAUCUAUUGUAAAUAGGCGAGACAGCCUGGUCCUAGUGGAUAGUUACCGAUGUCCGAAUUUCAUUCGCUAAAGUCACGUGUUAUGUCGGGGAGAGGAUUGUUCGGUCACGUAAGAUAAAUACUCGAUGGCAUACGAAAUAAAGAGAAUACGUUUCAUCUGUUUUACAGAAACGAGCUUCGCCCACUUGUCGUCCUGUCCGAACCUUUUCCCGAUCUUCUCUAUUAAGAGAGCAGAAAACGUACCGAACGAGCAGUCAAAAUUUCAGUCGCACGUGAGUCGAAUCGCAUUUCGCGUUUCCUCUCACUGACCGCUAACCAUUCUCCAUCCCGGACGUGAAGAAAAUCUUAGCGCAUCACGUGCAUUUACGGCGGUGAAAGCAGCAUGAAAAUUUUAUUCGUAGCAGAACCACUCAACUAUCAAAUAACAUCUACGACCGUAUCGAACGACGAUUUGAUUUUCGUUUAAAUUUUCGACGACGAUAAAGGCACGAUUAACCUUUCAUUUCGAAACAAUCUUCUAACGUUUACCCUGUUAACCGGAGAAGAUGAAUAUAAUCAUUUUUUCAUUGACGAAUCUCCUAUCUCUUUCCCGUGUCGUUUCAUAUUCUUUGAAAAUAUAAUAUAUCUACAUUUGCGAGAGCUAAAUCGAGUUUAACGAAAAUUAACGUGUCCGUAUUAAUUUUGAAUUCCAUGAUUACAGAAGUAGGUAUUUAUUUAAGAGACGACACGGUUAACAGAUGAAUAUCGAUGCGUUGUUAUGUUAUUAUCUCGUCUGAGAUCAUUUUAAUCUUAAAAAUUUAUUUUGUCUAUUAAGCCAUGUAAACCUUCUUUCUCUUAUUUGUGUUCGUCUUAAACGAAGCUGAAUGCAUCGUUUAGGUUCAUUUUCGUUGGCAUUAUUGUCAUUCGUAAAUGAAUGUCAAGUCGAUAUAUUUUGUGUAUUAUACUGCUUCAAUAUAAAUUUCAUUUUGUCUUUU